GAAGAAGCCGGAAGUCCCGAGAGCUCGGGCGGUAGAGAUGGAGGAGAGCGAAUACGAGUCGGUUCUCUGUGUCAAGCCAGAGGUCCAUGUCUACCGCAUCCCGCCGCGGGCCACCAACCGUGGUUACAGGGCCUCAGAAUGGCAGCUGGACCAGCCGUCGUGGAGUGGCCGGCUGCGGAUCACUGCAAAAGGAAAGGUGGCCUACAUCAAGCUGGAAGACAGGACCUCGGGGGAGCUCUUCGCGCAGGCCCCCGUGGACCAGUUUCCCGGCACCGCAGUGGAGAGUGUGACGGACUCUAGCAGGUACUUCGUUAUCCGAAUUGAAGACGGAAACGGGCGACGUGCUUUUAUUGGUAUUGGCUUUGGGGACCGAGGGGAUGCCUUUGACUUCAACGUGGCAUUACAGGACCAUUUCAAGUGGGUGAAGCAGCAGUGCGAGUUUGCAAAACAAGCUCAGAACCCAGAUGAAGGCCCCAAGUUGGACCUGGGCUUCAAGGAGGGCCAGACCAUCAAGAUUAACAUCGCAAACAUGAGAAAGAAGGAAGGAGCAGCUGGGACGCCAAGAACCAGGCCCGCCAGCGCAGGAGGGCUGAGCCUGCUGCCGCCUCCUCCAGGGGGCAAGAGUUCUACCCUCAUCCCUCCGUCUGGAGAGCAGCUGUCUGUGGGGGGCUCUCCGGCUCAGCCUGCAGUUUCUGGCCCAGGAGGUGCCACAGAACUCUGGCCACAAUCUAAGCCUGCUGCCGCUGCCACUGCUGAUAUCUGGGGCGACUUCACCAAAUCCACAGGGUCCCCCUCCAGCUCGUCUCAGCCAGGUACCGGCUGGGUCCAGUUUUGACCUGCACAACUUUUUCCUCAGCCGACUUCUGGGAGGGAGCUGCCUCCUCCUGGCCCACGGAAAUGCUCCCUGACUCUUUGCCUUGCUGUCUUGACAGCCUGAGCACAA